AUGUCAAAUAAACAACUAUCAGUUGUGGAUUUAGUGCCUGUGCCACAGCAGCAACAACAGCAACUACUAACAGCACCCUUAGAAAAGGAAUUGGAAGUUGAACAGUUGCAAAAGGCACAUGACAGUAUUGAUAAAUCCUGCAUAGACGAUAAUAAACUAAUUCAUCAGAGAAAAAGUGAAGACCAAACUAUGCAUUGGACCGAUGUUGAAGCAGUAUAUUAUGUCGAAAUAGAAGAGGAAGAAAUUGAUAAAGAAAAUAUACAAAUGUUAAAUGCAGUUGCACAAAUCAGGACAACGAUAUCAACACCUGAUAUUGACGAUAAUUAA